GUGUGUGUGUGUGUGUGUCUGGUGUGUGUGUGUGUCUGGAGUGUGUGUGUCUGGAGUGUGUGUGCCUGGUGUUUGUGUGUCUGGUGUUUGUGUGUGUCUGGAGUGUGUGUAUGGUGUGUGUGUAGUGGGGCGUGUAGGUUACUAGGUCCUAACCUUUUUCUGUUAUUUUUAUCGGUCCCCACAUCCUGCUCUCUCUCGCUCUAUCUCUCUGUCUCCACCCUUCAUUCACUCUCACCACCCUCCAUAGCCACUUUAACUGCAGUACACACACACACACACAACAACAAAAGUCCAUAUCUGCUUCUUCAGUCAAAAACAAACGUCCAGUCAAAUUGGGUUUUGUGGAGAAGGAGGAAGGAGAGAAGAUGACUACUCUCAGAACAACAGUAGUCGUUUUACUGGGUUUCUACACCUUCUGCCAGGAGACAAGAACCUCAGUCCUAGGAGCCUCAGUCCCAGGAACCUCAGUCCCAGGAACCUCAGUCCCAGGAGCCUCAGUCCCAGGAACCUCAGUCCCAGGAACCUCAGUCCCAGGAGCCUCAGUCCCAGGAACCUCAGUCCCAGGAACCUCAGUCCCAGGAGCCUCAGUCCCAGGAACCUCAGUCCCAAGAGCCUCAGUCCCAGGAACCUCAGUCCCAGGAGCCUCAGUCCCAGGAACCCCAGUCCCAGGAGCCUCAGUUCCAGGAACCCCAGUCCCAGGAACCCCAGUCCCAGGAACCUCAGUCCCAGGAGCCUCAGUCCCAGGAACCUCAGUCCCAGGAACCUCAGUCCCAGGAGCCUCAGUCCCAAGAGCCUCAGUCCCAGGAACCUCAGUCCCAGGAACCUCAGUCCCAGGAACCCCAGUCCCAGGAGCCCCAGUCCCAGGAGCCCCAGUCCCAGGAGCCUCAGUCCCAGGAGCCUCAGUCCCAGGCGCUUCAGUCCCAGGAGCCUCAGUCCCAGGAGCCUCAGUCCCAGGAGCCUCAGUCCCAGGAGCCUCAGUCCCAGGAGCCUCAGUCCCAGGAGGCUCAGUCUCAGGAGCCUCAGUCCUAGGCAAACCGUUGCUGUACGGCCCCUCAACAGCCCUAGAGAAGAGUGUAGAAGAAUUCCAGUGUGAAGUGCUGCAUUACCCUAAAGAAGAGUCCAUCCUCUACCAGCUAUUCAGGGAAGGUGACCGGUCCAAGACCUUAGGCUUCUACAGUGCUCUGUCUGGUGAGAUGGCCAAUUUCCCUCUGUUCAUCACUGCUUCCUACGAGGGCCACAUGGUGUGUGUAGCCAGCGUCCAGAACAACACAGUAAUACAACCCACAGUCAGUCAAAGACACCACCUCAGAGUAGUCGUCCCAGUCAACGGUGCAGAGGUUGUAGUCCAAUCAGGGUCCUUGGAGUUCUACGAAGGGAAGCCACUGUCCCUACGUUGUAACAUCACCAAAGGGAACCACGUCUCCUACCAGUGGCUGGUGGAUGGGAAGCCCCUCCCCCUGUCUCCUUUACACAAUCAGACACAGGAACAACUCUUCAUCUACAGGAUGAUGCUCGAGGACAGCGGGGAGUACACCUGUGUUGCUACCAACCAACUCAACUUGACCGAGGUCUACUCCUCCAGGAGCACUGCCAAGGUCAUCAAGGUCAAAGAGCUCGUGUCUGAACCGGACCUCCACAUCCUGGUACUGAAGGAAACAGACGGGACCUACAUUGCCCUCGUCACGUGUCAAUCACUCAAUGGGACCCCGCCCAUCACCUUCUCCCUCUACAGCAGGUCAGAGUUCAUCAGCACGGAGACGGUUGACGAGCGAUUCGCCACGUUCUCUAUUCCAGUGGUUCUAGAUCUCCACAUGGGCUUUCUACAGUGUCAGGCGGAGAACGGAGACCGGGUGAUGUACGGUCAGUGGAAGGCCAUGCACAUUGUUCCAGUAGGUGGAGCUGUGACGAUGCACUAUGACACCGACGUGGGAGAAAACUUCUCCAUUGUGGGCCUGACGUUCUACUGUUCCGUGGAGAGGGGAACCUUUCCCCAGUACCGCUGGUUCCUCAACGGAACUGUUCUAGAAGGCCGUGGAGACUUCUACUGGGUGCAGAACCAGCCGGGGCAAUCUAUUUUGUUGUUAUCUGUGGGGAGGAGCAGUGCCGGAACGUACCAUUGUGAUGUGUCCGACAGCUUUGAUGGCACUACGGUGAUCAGCAGUGAGGAGAGGUACAUCGAUAAAGAAGUGUUGAACCACCUCCCUACCGUGGUGGUGGCUGUUGUGUUCGGCUGUUUCCUCUUCCUGGUUACCUUGGUGACCACAUGUUGUUUCAUUGGUCUGCUGUACGGGAAAAGACAGUAUCUUGUUGAAACAUCUACGCUGGAUCUCAAGUUGGGUCUGGAGAUGCACAACAUAAUGGUGUCUGAUGAUGAUGAAGAGUUCCUGUGUCGCCCGUGCAUUAUGGAUGAAGAGGAAUACAUGGAGGAUGAGGGAGUAGUAAGAGCAGCCAGAAUCGUUGACUCAGAGCAGGGGGAAGUAGAAUCGACAGACGAGUGGCUGUGGCUACAACAGGAACUGAAGAAGACCUUGGAGGAUGAAAUUCCAGAAAAUAGCUUUUAAAUUCCACAACCAUCUGAAAAGAAGCGAUUCCUACACAUUCCAUCACAAAGCCCUCACCUACAGAGAGAUGAACCUAGAGAAGUCCCCUCAGCCAGCUGAUUCUGGGGCUCUGUUCACAAACACAAACAGACCCCACAGAGUCCCAGGACAGCAACACAAUUAGACUCAACCAAGUUAUGAGGAAGCAAAAAGUUAACUGGAAGUAAUCACCCCAAAAAACAGAGCAAAUUAAAAUGCUAUCUGGCUCUAAACAGAGAGUACACAAUGGCAGAAUACCUGACCACUGUGACUGACCCAAAAUUAUGUACACUCAGUGAGCAUAGCCUUGCUAUUGAGAAAGGCCGCCGUAGGCAGACAUGUCUCUCAAGAGAAGACAGGCUAUGUGCACACUGCCCACAAAAUGAGGUGGAAACUGAGCUGCACUUCCUAACCUCCUGCCAAAUGUAUGACCAUAUUAGAGACACGUAUUUCCCUCAGAUUACACAGACCCACAAAGGAUUUGAAAAUAAAUUAAACAUUGAUAAACUCCUAUAUCUUCUAGGCGAAAUACCAGUGUGUAAUCCCAGCAGCAAGAUUCGUGGCCCGUUGCCAUGAGAAAAGCGCAGCCAGUGGAGCACAAACAACACUGUAAAUACUACCUAUACUUGUGUUCAUUUAUCUUCCCCUACUAUUCGUACUACAACUAUUUGCACGUUGCUAAAACAUUGUACGUAGCUAAUAAUAAUAAUAAUAAUAUAACACUUGAAAAGUAUUUUUCAAACCUUUGUGACUGCAAUGUUUACUGUUCAUUUCUAAUAGUUUUUUGUUAAUAUUGUUUUGUCUUCUCGCUUUUGUUUGUUGUUUAUAUCACUUGCUUUGGCAAUAUAAACACAUGUAUUCCAUGCAAAUAAAACCCAUUUGAAUUGAAA